AUGAAUAAUAUUAUAUUAUUAAAAAAAUCUCAUAGAGGUAAAAUAAGAGGAAUUUUUAAUUUAAAAUUUUUAAAUUUAUAUUGGGGUAUAAUUUCUUUAAAUUCUGGAUUUAUUACUAAAAAACAAUUAGAUACAUCAAUUUUUAUUAUAAAUAAAUUUGUAAAAAAAAUUGGAACAUAUAAUAUUUGUAUUAAAUGUAUAAAAUCUUUAACUAAAAAAUCUUUAAAAACUAGAAUGGGAUCAGGUAAGGGAUCGAUUGAAUUAUAUGUAGGUAUUGUUAAAAAAAAUAAAUUAUUAUUUGAAAUUAGUAAAAUAAUGUUUAAAACAAUUUAUUUAAUAACUAAAAUGUUAUCUUAUAAAUUGCCUUUUAAAUUACAAUUUAUAAAAAAAAUUUAUUAA